UUCAUCCCGGAAGUGCCCGUGAGGAGAUUGCGAGGGCUCCAGACCGCCGUAACCGGGGGAGCGUCGGAUUUGGGGAGCCCGUAGCCUUCUCCCGCUCCUUGGCGUCAUGGUGGAUCGCGGCAGCGGCUCUUCGGAGCACUUGGAGCGACUGCACGAAAUCUUCCGCGGCCUGCACGGGGAGCUACGCGGCGCCCCGGAGCGGCUGCGCGGGAGCUCGGCAGUUGAGGAAAAGAAGAAAUUGAUACGAGACUUUGAUGAAAAACAAAAGGAAGCAAAUGAAACGUUACGGGAAAUAGAAGAAGAAUUGAAAUAUGCUCCAGUGUCCUUCCACAAUCAAAUGAUGGUCAAAAUUCGGGCAUACAGAAGAGACCUUGCUACAUACCAGAGGAAAAUGAAAAGUACAGAUUUGGGAGUCAUCCCAGGUGGGCGUGGAGAUUCAAGAUUUGGCAUGUUCUCCACAGAAAAUGAGCAGAGUACUCAGAUACAGUCUCAGAGGGUCUUGCUGCUUCAAGGAACAGAAAGCUUGAAUCGAGCAAGUCAAAGCAUAGAACGUUCACACCAGAUUGCUGCAGAGACUGACCAGAUCGGUACAGAUAUAAUUGAAGAACUUGGAGAACAGCGGGAGCAGUUGGAACGCACCAAAGGCAGACUAGUAAACACGAGUGAAAAUUUAAGCAAAAGCCGGAAAAUAUUGCGCUCCAUCUCAAGAAGACUUAUGACAAACAAAUUGUUGCUCUCCGUUAUUAUCAUUCUGGAAAUAAUCAUCCUGGUAGGUGUUGUCUACUACAAGUUCUUCCGCUGAACUUUCAAGAUGUGCAGCCUUCUGCCUUCAUGUCUUCCAUCUACCUUAAGGACUAUGCAUGGACACUGCUGAGUAACAGCUCUUUGGCAUAGAUUGAAAAGGGUGGAUUAUACUUAAUGCAGUUGAAACACACUACACAUGUGGUGUUAAUCUUAACAAUAUGUUCAUCUAAGAAUGGUGCCUGGCAUCUGAAAGGAAAUGUGCCUGGAAGAAAGGACAAAGAGCAGCGAAGUGAUGGUAAGAUUGUAUAAUUGUAAAGUAAUAAACAUUUGUCUUAAGCUGACAUGUUGUCUAACUUGUAAUGCAGCUGUUUGGUCGCACAAUGGAAAAAGAAACUAGUCUCUCCAAAACUGAACACUUCAGAGUGUAGUACAGUGAGUUUUUGCGCCUGUCCGUUUGAGUAGAUCAGCAGAACUGUCUUUAAUGCCCGUUGUGAAGUAUCUGCCGACACUUGGGGGGUCCUACAUCCGUACUUGCUCUUCACUGUCAGAUUCAUCUGGUGAACUGGGUGUUGGGAGAUCAUCAAAAACGAUGUGUGCUCCUUCUCUUGUCUGCCCAAAGCAUGUAGCAAUCACAUCUACUGCAAGAUUAGCUGUUGCAUUCACUUCCUCCUGGGAAGCUCCAAGUAAUGGAUUAACUUCUACAAGGUCCACAGCAGAAAGCAGGCCUAAGAAAUUAAACACAGUAAAUCAUGUGGAACAAGCAGAAGAAUUUAAUGUUUUUAAAAAGCACCAUCUCAACCAAAGGAUAGAUUGUCUAUACUACUUUAGUGCCAUAUGGGUCUUAUGUGAACCCCAAGUUCCAAACAUAAGCUCUUCCACUAUUCUCUUGCAGUUUUAAAUGUACUGCACUAUUCAAAUAAUCUUGCAUUGCUUUUCAGACAGCUGUCCAAAGGAACAAUAAUUAUUACUAGCUUCAGUGUUUAGGUUAUGUUGUUGCCAGUGACAUAAAACACAGAUCAAACUAGUGCAGAUUAUUGGUUUGACGUUUAAGUAAUGCUGCAACAUAGAUGCUAGAAACAUUUAUGAAUCCUUUACAGCUAUAAUUAAACUUUAUAAAUGUUGGCCUGGUUCACACCUAGAGCUAGUUCAUGCUUUAUUUAACUGAGGGUUUGUCUGGAAGAUGAUCAGUCAAACUGUAGUUUGUUCUAUUAAUCCUUGGGUUAUUUCCCUCCUUCUUUGCCUGCUCUCUACCUGUAUCCCAAAAGCUGGUUUUCUUGCCUGCUGCUUCUGAUGCCUGCUGAAAUACCCAUGAACAACCCAUAGUUCUGGGUUCACACAUGAUGAUAACCAAUGGUUUAAACAACCUAGAGUUCAUAAACCCAACAACAAACUAUUGGUUCUCUUUCUGGCUUGGUUGUGGUUUGUUAGUGUGGCCGUAUUCACACAUCAUGACAAACUAAAGUUCAACGACAAUGGAUUAGUGUUAUGUACGAACCAGGCCAACAGCUUUCCCCCACUCCCUAUAGAAACUACAGAAAUUACAGGUAAUAAAAGACUGCAAUGGAAUAACACUGAAAGCAAUGUAAUCAUAGAGCAAAUGGAAUGACAGUUCUUAUGAGGCUAUAUUUCCAUUUAGCUUAUGCUUAAGUUUGUUAGGCAUAGCUUUUAGAAUUUAUUUUAGCAAUAUUUGAGUAAAGUCUGUUUGGGUGCAUUUUUUUUUACUACCUAGGAAGUGUGAUUUGGGCUCUGUCUGAAAGCUCGAGGGAACUAUUUUUCUAGUUUUGUAAGUGUCCGGUCCAGUCCAAUCUGUUUCUUAUUAAUUCCCUCAUGAAGGGAGUGCAGUAAGGAAAGAGAACUUGAACUUUUAUCUGAACUACAUUCCUACAUUUUAUAUUUCAAUAAUCUCUGAAUAAUUUUGUGAUGUAGCUACCAUACAAGCAUAUUUUUGUGUGUGUUAUGUUACCUUAAGCUAAAAGUAAAAUAUGCUUGGCUGGUUCUUACCUGUGUUGUGUAUUUCCUCUGAAAUGUACAUGCCUUCACGAUAUGUUAAGCCACCCAAAACAGGAGUCCCUGUUGCUGGAGCCAGUGUUGGGUCAAAGGCAUCAAUGUCAAAGCUCAGGUGGAUUGGUCUUUGUCCUCUGUGGAAAGAGAAUCACUUUAUUCUACAGGUAUAACCCAUGUGCAAUAAAUCCGUUAUACUAAUUAGGAACUGAUCAGUAGGAUAA